CCUUCCACAAUGGCCGAUCAAGUUGAGGAGAUCCUCGAGGUUCCCCGCGAGUUCUUCAAGGACGGCGUGCAGUUCAUCAACCGCUGCCAGAAGCCCGACCAGAAGGAGUUUCUCAAGCUGUGCCAGGCUGUUGGCAUCGGCUUCGGCGUCAUGGGCGCUGUCGGAUUCAUCGUCAAGCUGAUACACAUUCCUCUCAACGGCCUCCUCGUCGGCUCUGCAUAAAUGUCUGAUAUUCGGCGUUUUGGGAAAGCAUCGGGACUGAUGCGAUUGAGGGACGGAGAGGGCUAGCGAUGGGAUGAUCGCUGUGUAUAUUUCUCUUUUUUAAUCCGGGAAUGAGUGGGAUGCAAUAGCAUGUUUAAUUGAUUGGUUUGGGAUACGAAAAGGAUGAUC